AUGCGCCGUGUCGUCGUGACGGGAUUAGGUGCCGUGACGCCGCUGGGUGUCGGAAUCCGCCGCACCUGGUCCCGCCUCCUAGAUAAUCACUGCGGCAUCGUCAACGUCCGCAAUCGAGAUACCCGUUUCGCGGAUUUACCAUGCCAGGUUGCUGCUGUUGUGCCGUCAGGGAGUAAGCGGGAUGGUGGGUGGUUGGCGGGUGAGUGGGUGAAUCGGGAUGAGGAAAGGAAAAUGGCGCGGUUCGCGCAGUAUGCUAUGGCUGCUACCGAGGAGGCGUUGGAGGAUGCUGGGUGGAGGCCUAGGACGGAGGAUGUUGAGGAGAGGGAGAUGACCGGGAUUUGUCUGGGGUCGGGGAUUGGGAAUUUCGAUGAGAUUUAUGAUACUGUGGUUGCUUAUGAUAAGGGGGGCUACAGAAAAGUGUCGCCUCUAUUCGUCCCCCGGAUAUUGAUAAAUCUCGGGGCAGGGCACAUAUCCAUGAAAUUCGGAUUCAUGGGCCCCAACCACGCCGCAACAACAGCAUGCACCACCGGAGCUCAUUCCAUUGGCGAUGCAGCUCGUUUUAUUGCCUGCGGAGACGCAAAUGUCAUGGUAGCCGGGGGUGCGGAAUCCUGUAUCCAUCCGCUGGCUAUUGGCGGAUUUGCACGAGCACGCAGCCUGGCUACAGAUUACAACGAUACCCCGGAAAAAGCAUCGAGACCAUUUGAUGCAGACCGCAACGGAUUUGUAGUUGGUGAAGGUGCCGCUAUGGUUGUUCUCGAGGAACUCGAACAUGCCAAAGCCCGAAACGCCCCCAUCUACGCCGAACUGAAAGGCUACGGCUGCACCGGCGACGCCUAUCACAUGACCGCGCCCCGCGAAAACGGCGAAGGAGCACUCAUGGCCAUGAGAAAGGCACUCCGGAAUGCAAACCUGCCCCCGUCGACGGUGGAUUAUGUGAACGCCCACGCUACGUCGACGUCUAUCGGCGAUGCGGCGGAGAAUGCGGCUAUCAAGUCCCUACUCUUAGGUGCUGGGGGGAGACAGAAGGCUUCUGAGGUCAAUAUCAGCAGUACGAAGGGUGCUGUGGGGCAUUUGCUUGGUGGUGCUGGGGCUGUGGAGGCGGUCUUUACGAUUCUUGCUAUUCAUAAGAACGUGAUGCCCCCGACCAUCAACCUGCAGAGACUUGGAGAUGGUUUAGAUUGUAAUUAUGCGGCGAAUCAGGCGCAGGAGAGGGAGAUUGGGGUGGCGCUGACAAAUAGUUUUGGAUUUGGGGGGACGAAUAGUAGUCUUUGUUUUGCGAGGUUGAGGGAGUGA